AUGGAGGUCUUUAGAAAAUUCAGUGAUUCUUUUUGGUCGCCCAAUGUUUGGCUUCCACCAAAUGUUACAUGGGCGGAUAUUGCUCCCGGCUCACGGCCUGACGUCCAGCAUGCGAAUUAUAAGGAUCUUAUAUGGCCUUUACCUUUGGCCGGAGUUAUCAUGCUAAUACGAUAUUCUGUGGAAAGAUUCUGGGUAUCACCAGUCGGCGUAUCUCUCGGCAUCAAAAGUACCAGACCAAAAAAGGCAGCAAAUAUUCCAGCACUGGAGAGUGCAUAUUCCAAAUCAAGUCGACUAGAUCAUAAAAAGAUUUUAUCAUUAGCAAAGCACAUAGACAUGACUGAGCGUCAGAUCGAACGUUGGUGGCGUUUAAGACGAGCGCAAGACAAGCCAUCUACAUUGACAAAAUUUUGUGAAAAUACUUGGAGAUGUAUAUAUUAUACAUAUAGCUUUAUAUUUGGAAUCAUAGUUUUAUGGGAUAAGCCCUGGUUUUGGGAUGUUAAGAACUGUUGGUAUGGAUAUCCACAUCAGUCUGUUUCAGGUGAUAUCUGGUGGUAUUACAUGAUUUCAAUGGCUUUCUAUUGGUCCUUAACGGUGACUCAAUUUUUCGACGUAAAGCGAAAAGACUUUUGGCAAAUGUUCGUUCAUCACAUGGUAACAUUACUUUUGAUGUCCUUAAGCUGGAUUUGCAAUUUGCACCGAGUUGGAUCUUUGGUUCUAGUUAUUCAUGACUGUGCUGACAUUUUCCUAGAAGCUGCUAAAUUGACGAAGUAUGCAAAUUAUCAAAAAAUAUGUGAUAUAAUUUUUGCAAUUUUUACCGUUGUGUGGAUAGUGACACGACUGGGCUUCUACCCUCGCAUAAUUUACAGGUAACAU